GCCGCGGCCGGAGGAUUAGUUCAACAGUGGAAACCAUUCAAGCGUGUUUGUUGGAAAUUCGCACCGUGCGUGAAGAGCUUUUCACACACUCUCUCUCUCGCUCGCACUACUCUCACCCCCGAAGAAGGAUAUCAUCGCAUCAGCCGUUUUCCAGUGGCAGAACCACGUGGUGACCGUGAAGGAUUACUCAACGUGGUAGCAGCUAGUCGUCGCUCUGAGUCCUUGACCAGAAGUAAAGUAAAUCAAUCAAAGAAGGAUUAUAAGAUGCUAGAGGUCUUCCUGUGUAGCCGAGAAUUGUCGGAUUCCGCAGUGGCUGUCGUCGUCUGUCGUUGAAGUGUGAAUUUAGCGAAAAACCGUGUUUUACAUGAAAUACUUUUAAGUGAUGAAUUUGUAACAUAAUAAGAGACAAGUGACUCUUGAGUUGGGAACAGUUGAAUCGAACAUCAGAAGUUUAAGAAACCUGUCCGGGAGGUAGUGUGCAAAGUGCAAACAGAGAGCUAACGCACAGCUGUAGUCAAAGCUAGCAGACCAGCGCCCAGAGGAACCGCUCCAAGCUAAACCUAGAACUUUCUCACGAACAAGAAGGUAGAAGGAAACCGGCCAGUCACAAAAACCAGUGUUGGUGACUAUGAAAGAUUUGAAAGACCGUUCGGCACUUCAGUUGAAUACCCGCACCGCGCUCAAAGGCAGCAGUAGCAGCAGCAGCAGCACUAGCAAACGCACCAAAUGGAAUGUGCCCAUCACUGACUUCGCUCGGCUCACCCACAAUCCGAUCCGAGCCAUUGUCGAAGGUUUGAAGAUCGUGCCGAAUCCGGACAAACAACUGAUUGCACUCUCGAUCGGUGAUCCCACCACAUUCGGUAACCUCAAGCCAGCGCCGGAGAUCGUCGACGCCCUACGCAGUGUGGUACAGGACGGAUCCCACAACGGUUACGGUCCCAGCACGGGAUUCCCGGAGGCUCGCAAAGCCGUCGCCGAGUACGUAUCCCACCAGGGCGAUGUCACGGCCAACGAUGUCAUUCUGUGCAGUGGCGCCAGCUGCGCGCUGGACCUGUGCCUCUCGGUGCUAGCCGGGCCGGGCCAGAACAUACUGAUCCCCAGGCCGGGUUUCUCCAUCUAUCGUACCCUGGCCGAGGGCUUCGGAGUCGAGUGCCGUUACUAUGACUUGAUGCCGGACAGGAACUGGGAAGUAGACUUGGUACAGCUGGAAUCGUUGAUUGAUGCCAACACGGCCGCCCUGAUCGUGACCAACCCGAGCAACCCGUGCGGAAGCGUGUUUAGCAAGAGCCACCUGGAAGCCAUCUUGGACAUUGCCGAGAAACAUUAUUUGCCCAUCAUUGCCGACGAAAUCUACGAACAUUUCGUAUUUCCGGGUCAGGAGUUCUACGCUGUCAGUUCGCUAUCCAAGAAGGUACCGGUACUGUCAUGCGGUGGACUGACUAAGCGUUUUCUGGUUCCCGGAUGGCGCAUGGGUUGGAUUGUGAUUCACGAUCGGGACAACCUGUUCCAGGACGUUCGCAAGGGACUGGCCAAUCUGUCCGCGCGGAUCCUCGGAGCUAACACCCUGGUCCAGGGUGCUCUUCCCGACAUCCUGAAGAACACUCCCCCAGCGUUCUACGAUGAUUUGGUUUCAACACUUUAUCGACAUGCCGAACUGGCAUACAAGUCGAUCAAGCAGAUCCGUGGUCUGCGCCCGAUCAUGCCCGGCGGGGCCAUGUACAUGAUGAUCGGCAUCGACAUCGGGCGGUUCCCCGAGUUCGAGACGGAUCUGGAGUUCGUCCAGGCGCUGGUGGCCGAGCAGAGUGUGUUCUGCCUUCCGGGCCAGUGCUUCGAGUAUCCGAACUACGUGCGCAUCGUGCUGACCGUUCCGGAGGGCAUGAUCGUCGAAGCGUGCAAGCGUUUGGAAGAGUUUUGCCAGAAGCACUACAAGCUGGACGAUAAUGUCAUCUUGGAACAGCAGCAGCAUGGCUUCCUGGCCAAGCUGGAUGACUACUGAUGUGCCGGAUAUUAUUUUUAAGUGCCAUUUUUUUAUAUUCAUAUAUUUUAUGUUCAAUGUUUGUAAGCGGAAACAGAACAGUUUACCGUAUUGUCUAUUUGUAAUGCCUUUCGAGAUCAAUUUAUAAUUUUGACAACUAUAUUUACAAUAUACAUUCUUAACCAACUGCAUUUUAUACUUGACAUUAUGUGAUUUUAUAUUUCUUAUACUCAAUAAAGAUAUCCGUUUUA